AUGAAAAAGGGAACCUUAAUGCUAGGGGAAAGUUCACGGGACUCCAUGGUCGAUGCUUUUGCCUCCUCUAUAUCCAAGCAGGUUGGUGGCAGAGCAAGUUUUACCUGUGUUGGGAGGUUGGUCAACAUUCAUGGUGUGGCCAUCAGCGAUGCCCAGAGCGUGACUGGAGAGGCCACCAUGAGGGGCAGUGAAGACGGCGACGUUCAUGGCACGAUCUGCAAUGCUUCAGUUGUCCAAGGUGGCACCCAUGGUGCGAUGGCGGCACCCGUGACGGGGGCAUUGGGUGACGUAAGCGAAGCGCUGGGCGGCACCAGCGCCCUAGGUGAUGCCUUCAGUGACUCCCUUGAUAGUAGAAAAGAAUGUGGCACCUCUAAGUGGACCCAACCACUGGGCAAAUCUAGUGAUACGUUGGGUAGCGCCAACGCGCAAGGUAGCGUCGACGGGUUGAACAAAUCAGGCACAAGGGCAAUAUUGAGAAGCAGCCGAGGUGAAGUAGAAGUAGCCCAGGCCAUGGGCGACGCCAAGGCAAGAGAGGUCAACGAUGGACUACUGACCAACGCCAGCCAAGUGCCAAGUAGGUGCUGCGUGGUGCCAGUGGUAGCAUUGAAUUGGACUAUAGAAGAAGAUAAGGUACCUGAAUUGGUAGGGGUAGCACAGUGGAGGUUGCUUGAUGGUUUUUCCUAA